ACACAGCGAUUGUUCACAGAAGGGUGGGCAACAACAGAAGCACUUCAUAUUUUCAUCACAUUGCCUUAUGAUUCGCAAUCGAAACCAGUGCCACGGAAAACAAUAAUGCAAUAAUGGAUGCAGACUGUCGAUAUCUCACUUGUUACUGUGCGCUAUUUCACGAAACUGUGCCGCUUUGUCGAGGGGGCAUUUAGUGUGACCAAGCAGAAGAAAAGGAAGAAACUAAUAACAAACAAAACAAAAAACGUCGUCAUCGCAAAUCAUCAUCAGCAUCGAAAUUUUGCAACUACUUCAGCUUAAGAAAUGUAAUACGACAAUUGGCUCGUUGGCUGGAGCAAAAGCAAGAAACAAGACAUCCAUCAUUUCCGCUCAAAAAUUCAAAAAGCGUACGCCAGAAACCGGAAACUACCAUUCAAGUGACAUUCGAAAGCAAAAUACGUUGUUGUUCGAGCUUUCAGAAGCCGGAGGAUUGAAUCCAUCGUUGCAGCUGACUAAUUUUAGGAGGAUAAAUAAGGAGUAAUAAAUCGUCCUCCAACUCGACACGACCAAUGGUUCCCGCGGGCUCACAUCUUUGUAGUACAAACUAACAAUUGUUUGGUGAACACAGGGAGUUAUCGUCUCCUGAUGAAUCCAAGAUCCGGUUAGCAGCCGUUCAGAGCGAAAAUAGUAAAACAUAGCAAAACUAUGGCCCCGAGUCAAAAAGUGACAAAAAAGUGGGAAAUUUUUGCCGGCAGGAACAAGUUUUACUGCGACGGGUACCUGAUGACGGCACCGAACUCGGGAGUGUUCUACUUUACGGUGAUACUCAUAACCGUUACAAGUGGACUAUUUUUUGUCUUCGACUGUCCAUUCCUUGCGCAACGGAUAACACCUGCGAUACCGAUCAUAGGCGGUAUACUGUUCGUCUUCACGCUGAGUGCCCUCUUUAGGACGGCAUUCAGUGACCCGGGCAUCAUUCCACGUGCUUCCCAGGAUGAGGCGGCUUACAUCGAGAAGCAAAUCGAGGUGCCGAACUCGCUGAACAGCCCUACUUAUCGACCACCGCCCCGCACGAAAGAGGUGUUCGUGAAGGGCCAAACGGUGAAGCUGAAAUAUUGUUUCACCUGCAAAAUCUUCCGACCACCACGGGCCUCGCAUUGCAGCCUAUGUGAUAAUUGCGUCGAUCGUUUCGAUCAUCACUGUCCGUGGGUGGGCAACUGUGUCGGUAAGCGAAACUACCGAUUCUUCUAUAUGUUUAUCGUCUCUCUGGCGUUCCUAGCAGUAUUCAUAUUUUCCUGCACAACGACCCAUGUAGUAAUGUUAUUGAAGGAAGAUAAUCAGUUUAUUGACGUUGUCAAGCGGACUCCUUCCAGUGUGAUAAUAGCCGUAAUAUGUUUCUGUUCCGUGUGGUCUGUCAUCGGUUUGGCCGGUUUUCACACUUAUCUUACGACGAGUGAUCAAACAACGAAUGAAGAUAUCAAAGGAUCGUUCAGCUCCAAAGGAGGUCAGCAAUCCAUCAAUCCCUACUCACAAGGCAACAUUUGCCUAAACUGUUUUCACAUACUUUGCGGUCCCAUUACGCCAUCCUUGAUCGACAGACGGGGGGUCGUUACGGACGAGUAUCGCACGCAAAUGCAAGCCACUGACAAGUACAACAGUGCUACCGUGCCGCCAUUGGUCGUGAUGCAACCGGCAAUGGACACGCUCAAUAAACACUAUAGUUUAGAUCAUGAACUCCAAAACGCGGCCAACGGAACUGGCGGUGGCGUGUAUCGUCAGCGCAGCUGCGAUAACUUACAAAAUGGAAAGUCCAACAGCGUAGCUCACCUGGUGGAGAAUGAAGCGCCACUGUCUACGACGGGCAACGUGUCGGCGAUAGAAGAUACGACCACCACCACCAUCCUGCUGGAUGAAGAUGGAAUUGAACUAGAGCCAACGACCCUAGCCGAUGGACCGCACAUUGGUUCGCCGGAUGACGGAAGCAAUCAGCUGACCGGUAGCUACACGAAUCUAUUCCGUGAUCCAUCGCUCGGAGUGCCCGGUGGUGGUCCCGGACCGGUGACUUCGCACAGCACGAGCAAGCUGCAUUACGGUAGUCUGCUGAUGAACGAUUGUGACAAAAUUCAGAGCGCCGACGAAAUCAUUAACGUUAGCGAGCUGAUGAUGGUAUGCAGCGUCAGUGGGCACGAGAAUGUCUAUAGUAACAUUCCGCCAGCCCAGGUGUCACCGUCCGGGUCAGCAGUUGGGCUGUUGUCGCCCAAACGAACCAGUCAGGGAAGUAGUAAUUUAUCGGGGGUCGAGCUCUCGGUCGGAAACGGUGGCACACAUCAGCAUCAUCACCAGCACGUCUACUCCAACGUGAGCGGCGCGGCCGGGAUGGGUGCGAGCGUUGUUCUGGACUUUCAGCCCCCGGCGAGUAGUUUGGUGGGUGCCAACUCUCACCAAUUAACGGCCGGAACACAGCACCUUCCCAAGCAUUCGUCAAGCGGAAACCAUCCUGCAAUCGAGCAACAACCGCUGACUGAUCCCACACUCUUGCUUAGUUCCUCGUUCAUUGGCAACGAUCUCGAUCUCGACGAUCCCGUGUUAAGCAGUGCGUUCGCCACACCAAAAGCGGCGCCAUCCUCGGGGAAACCGCAUCCUUCCGAACGAGCGUCGCACGCACCGCUACCGGCACUGAAAGCGUCGCAACCGAUCAGUACGAUCGAAAUGAAGAAUGUCAUCAAAAUGCUAGAUCCGAACGCGAUCAUUCAGCAACAGUCAGCAAACGGAAUGGGAAUCGGACCGACGAACAGCACCACCGUCACAUCGACGACGGCGCAAAAUGCGACGAGCAACAACAACGCCAACGACGGGGACGGUUCCCCCCGGUUCAUUUCGCCCAGUGCCAGUCGGAUGCGAUUGCUGCAAGAAUCGACCAUGAUCGACACGGCGCUCGAUCUCGACAGCUUGGACGGCUCCAUUGGCAACCAUUCACAGUCUUGUCUCGUAAAGACAGCGAUCGUGUAGAAAGUCCCUAUCGCGAUCGCAGGCAGAGCACGUUCACAACAUUCUUCUGGUUGGUUCAAACACACAAACUUCAAGCGUGCUCGGCAGGGAAAAAGUGUAAAUAGAUCAUGAAUCGUUAGGAAAAUCUCAGAGAAAACAGCAUUUGGCACCCGCAAAGAACGAGGAAUCGCUGGGACGCCGGGACAGGAUAAAACGACUAGUUGAACCUAAGUACAACGAUUGGGACACGGACGAUACGGCGGCAGCUGAAAUGGUGGACCGAAAGCGCCAAACCGAUGUAGCAACGAAUAGGUUGAAAACAAAAUACAGCAACAUACUAACAGCAUUCGUUCUAAAAGCGUGUCAUUUUCAGUCAGUAAUUAUAUUGAACUCCCAAACGAUUGCUUCAAGGCCCGGGGGUGGUGAUACUAAAAACAACGACUUUUUUGCGUUUGAAUAGAACACUUUGGAACUACAGAUGUACAUUAGGUUUGCUCACUAAGCAGUGCUGGAAGUUCACUACUGCCCUCUGAUAGACUAAAAUCGAAGCGGGAAAUACACAACAUUGUUGCAAUGAGUUGAAGUUUGUUGAAAUUAGUAAACACUUGUGCGUGUUUCAAUUGUUACUGAGCGGAAUAUUUUUGAACCGAACGCGGGUGAAGAAUGUAGAUGUCUCUGUAUUCGAUAGA